ACCGAUAAUCUAUAUUUGGUUAUGUAUAUUUUCGUUGCCUGUGAAUCACAUAGCUUUUCAGGAUUUCAGGUACUUGGAUUUCCUUUAAAUCCUUGACACAAUUGAGUCGAGAUAUCAUGCUAGAAUUGUUUAUCUUAUUUGUUUGUUUAAUUUUUAUUCCGACUCUAUUUUAUAUGAGACAUAUUAGGAAUUCGCAAAGUGAUUGUGAUUCAUCUGGUGAAUCUUCCGAAAGUGAAGACGAAAUGAAGUAUAUUCCAGAUGAAGGGAAAUCCAUUCUAAAGGCCGAAAGAAAUUUGGACACCGACGCUGUGAAUCCUGAAAUAAGUCGUCCAGUUAAGUAUUCAGUGGGUCUUAGUAUAUCAGAUGUCAGAGAAAUAGAAGAAAAUCUAGACGAUUACGAAAAGGUUUCAUUGAUAUUUUUGUUAAGUGAUUACUCUGAUGAUUGCCUCAAUAGAAUCGAAUUAUCGAAAUGGGCGAAGAGAGAGAUGUCAACAUGCUCUUACUGGGAGGAAAAAAUAUGGGAAGCAUUGACCAUCAUCAAAAAUUUUCAAAUUCCAAAUAAGUAUGGUUUCUCCAAGGAAGAGCUCAUCAGGGAAUAUUUCCCUUUCAGUUACUGCGUGUCAAAACAUAUCCCAAAAUUCAAAAAAAUAUUAUAUUUAAUUUGUGAAAAUUUCAAAAAGGAUGAUGAAAAUCGAUUUAUUCAACAAUUAAGGAGGGAUUUAAGAGCGAAAAGUCCGCAUUUUCAUGAUUUUCCUCCAAACAUGGAAAUGGAAAUGUAUUUUUCCUUUCUUCUGAAAACUAAAUAUAUAUCGGAGAAUAAUACAAAAAAUUGCAUGAAAAUAGCAAAGAUGUUGGAUCUUGAAAUCAUUUUCGAUUUAUUCGAACAUAUCAAUAAUAUGAAUGAAAAUCGCAUAUAUGGAAAGGAGGAACAGAAAUCUAAAAUUCACAAACAAUUAUCCAAAAGCAGUUCAAAUAUGUCAUCCGAUCAAUUACAGAUUGAUGAGCAGGAUAUCUCAUUAGCGAAUAGUGAGUCUACUCAAGAUAAUUUUCCAGUUUUCAGAGGAGCUUCCCUCAUAAAUCCACCACCUGAUCACUGUUAUAAAAUGAAUGGUAAUAAAAUAUGCUAUAUUAUAAACCAAAUGCAUUUCUUCUCUGCACCUGAACCAGAAUAUCAGCAUCUGUUACCGCCAAAUAUCGAUAAGGAUAAACUACACCCCAGAUUAGGAAGUAAAUUCGAUUCGGACAGACUCAAAUCUGUAUUCGAGAAGAGAAAUUUUAAAGUUUACAUUGAUGAAAAUCUUUUUCAUUGGAGAAUGAUCGAAGAACUGAAAAAAAUGGUGGAGAGUAUAGAUAAAAAUACCUGUUCCUGUUUCUUUGUGAUAAUUUUAUCUCACGGUAACCAAGGAGUAGUAUAUGGUUCCAAUAGCUGUUAUGUAGAGAUUUCCUCUAUCAUCAAUACAAUGGAUAAUAAGAAAUUUUUUAAAAUUCCAAAAAUUCUCAUUCUCCAAACAUGCCAAGGACCAAAUUUACAAUAUAUUGAGGAAAGUUUGACAACUGAUGGUGAUGAAUCUUCAAUUAAUUCAGUCGAUCCAAAAGCGCCGGAUUUCCUUUUGUUUUCCUCAACAGUCCCUGGAUUUGCUUCUAUAAGGGACAAAAAUAAAGGAACUUGGUUCAUUCAGGAUCUUUGUGACGAAAUUGAAAAAACUGCAGAUAAGGAACAUUUUCUAGACAUCUGUACAAAUACAACUGGAAAGGUUGAAAGUCGUAAAUGGGUGAAAGAUGGUAGAUCGCAUUACCAAAUUGCUUAUACACGCCACACUUUUACGAAGAAAUUGUAUAUAUAGUUUUAAUGUGUCAAAAUGAAACUUUACCUUUAUACCUAACAAUAUUUUAUAUUAUGUUUUGUAAUUGUAUUUUAUAUAAUGUGUUGCACAAGAUUCAUGCACUCCCUAUAUAUCACCAAAAUAUAGAAAGUAUAUUUUCGGAAAUUUAAAUUGACUUAUUUUGAUAGGAAAGAUAAUGGAAAAAUGCUGAAUAAAAAUUUAUUUACAGAA